CCAUUUUCAUGCACCUGUAGAGAGAGAGAGAGAGAAAGAUUUGUGUAUGCAAAUUUCUCAUUCGAGGAAAUGAAGCAACCAAAGCCGAUUCUGAAAUACGUCUUAGUCUCUAUCUUCCUCACUCUCCCUCUCAUCCUGUUCUUCUCUAUACAACUACGUAAACCCGAAAAAGAACUCAUCAGGAUCCGACCAGGUUACACGUCUUACGAUUACUACAUCCAACGACAGCUCAACAAAACGCUUAACCCUAGGCUUCGUACGAUAUGGAUGACACGAGACUGGGACCGUAAGAUCAAAGUGUUCUCAAGAUUCUUCCAAGAUCUGAAACGUCAAGGCCUCUUAUCCAAAGACUCUAAAUGUCUCUGCCUCGGAGCUCGAGUCGGGCAAGAAGUGGAGGCCCUGAAACGUGUAGGCGUAAACGACUCGGUGGGAAUGGAUCUGGUGCCAUAUCCGCCGUUGGUGGUCAAAGGUGACUUUCAUCACCAGCCGUUCGAUGAUGAGACUUUUGAUUUUGAAUUCUCCAACGUGUUUGAUCAUGCACUUUAUCCGGACAAGUUUGUUGGAGAGAUCGAACGGACACUGAGACCUGGAGGUUUAUGUGUUUUACACGUGGCUCUCUCUACACGAUCGGAUAAGUAUUCAGCCAAUGAUCUCUUCAGUGUGGAGGCAUUGGUGAAACUAUUCCGACAAUCGGAGGUGGUUCAUGUAAGAAAUGUGGACGGCUUUGGGUUGGAUACAGAGGUCGUGUUUAGGAAGAAAAGGGAUUCAUCCAUCCUAGUUCGGUCUUGAAUUAUUUGUUUCGUACUUAAAUAUAUUGUUGUUUUUUUAUGUCACAUUGAAAUAUUAUUAAAGGGCAAAUUGUGUUCUAU